GAAACAGACCAACCAUCUGCAUCUAGACCAGCCUUCCUCUCCCUCUCCCUUUUAAAGGAGGUUUUCCUGCCUGGAAUCUGUGACCCAUAUGUGAAGCUGUCAUUGUAUGUAGCUGAUGAGAACAGAGAGCUUGCUUUGGUUCAAACCAAGACAAUUAAAAAGACGCUGAACCCAAAGUGGAAUGAGGAAUUUUAUUUCAGAGUAAAUCCAUCUAAUCACAGACUCCUAUUUGAAGUAUUUGACGAAAACAGAUUGACACGAGACGACUUCCUGGGCCAGGUGGACGUGCCUCUUAGUCACCUUCCGACAGAAGAUCCAACCAUGGAGAGACCCUAUACAUUUAAGGAUUUCCUCCUACGACCUAGAAGUCAUAAAUCUCGCGUCAAGGGGUUUUUGAGAUUGAAAAUGGCCUACAUGCCGAAAAAUGGAGGUCAGGAUGAAGAAAACAGCGAGCAGAGGGAUGACAUGGAGCAUGGAUGGGAAGUCGUUGACUCGAAUGACUCUGCUUCCCAGCACCAGGAGGAACUCCCUCCUCCUCCCCUGCCGCCAGGAUGGGAAGAGAAAGUUGACAAUUUAGGCCGAACUUACUAUGUCAACCACAACAACAGGAGUACGCAGUGGCACCGACCUAGCUUGAUGGAUGUGUCCUCAGAGUCAGACAAUAACAUCAGGCAGAUCAACCAAGAGGCUGCACACCGACGCUUCCGCUCUCGGAGGCACAUUAGUGAAGAUUUGGAGCCCGAGGCCUCUGAAGGCGGUGGAGAAGGCCCUGAGCCUUGGGAGACCAUUUCAGAGGAAGUGAACAUGGCAGGAGAUUCUCUCAGCCUGGCUCUGCCCCCGCCUCCUGCCUCCCCAGUGUCUCGGACCAGCCCCCAGGAGCUGUCUGAAGAACUGAGCAGAAGGUUGCAGAUCACUCCGGACUCCAAUGGGGAGCAGUUUAGUUCUCUGAUCCAGAGAGAGCCCUCGUCAAGGCUUCGGUCCUGCAGUGUUACCGACACAGUUGCUGAGCAAGCUCACCUUCCACCGCCCAGCACCCCAACUAGGCGAGCCCGUUCAUCAACUGUCACAGGUGGUGAGGAAUCAACGCCAUCAGUGGCCUAUGUACAUACCACGCCGGGCCUACCUUCAGGCUGGGAAGAGAGAAAGGAUGCUAAGGGCCGCACAUACUAUGUCAAUCAUAACAAUCGAACCACAACUUGGACUCGACCAAUCAUGCAGCUUGCAGAAGAUGGUGCCUCCGGAUCAGCCACAAACAGUAACAACCACCUAGUCGAACCCCAGAUCCGCCGGCCUCGUAGCCUCAGCUCGCCAACAGUAACUUUAUCUGCCCCACUGGAGGGUGCCAAGGAUUCACCCAUACGCCGUGCUGUGAAAGAUACCCUUUCCAACCCACAGUCCCCUCAGCCAUCACCUUACAACUCCCCCAAACCACAACACAAAGUCACACAGAGCUUCCUGCCACCAGGCUGGGAGAUGAGGAUAGCGCCAAACGGCCGACCCUUCUUCAUUGACCAUAAUACAAAGACUACAACCUGGGAAGAUCCACGGUUGAAAUUUCCAGUACAUAUGCGGUCAAAAGCAUCUUUAAACCCCAAUGACCUGGGCCCUCUUCCUCCUGGCUGGGAAGAAAGGAUCCACUUGGACGGCCGCACGUUUUACAUCGACCAUAAUAGCAAAAUUACUCAAUGGGAAGAUCCAAGACUACAGAACCCAGCCAUAACCGGUCCGGCUGUUCCAUACUCCAGAGAAUUUAAGCAGAAAUAUGACUACUUUAGGAAGAAGUUAAAGAAACCUGCUGAUAUUCCAAACAGGUUUGAAAUGAAGCUUCACAGAAACAACAUAUUUGAAGAGUCCUAUCGGAGGAUUAUGUCUGUAAAGAGACCUGACGUCCUAAAGGCUAGACUGUGGAUUGAGUUUGAAUCAGAGAAAGGCCUGGACUAUGGGGGCGUGGCCAGAGAAUGGUUCUUCUUACUGUCCAAAGAGAUGUUUAACCCCUACUAUGGCCUCUUCGAGUACUCUGCCACGGACAACUACACACUUCAGAUCAAUCCCAACUCAGGCCUCUGUAAUGAAGACCAUUUGUCCUACUUCACUUUCAUCGGAAGAGUUGCUGGCCUGGCGGUGUUUCAUGGGAAACUCUUAGAUGGAUUCUUCAUCCGACCAUUCUACAAGAUGAUGCUGGGGAAGCAGAUAACUCUGAACGACAUGGAGUCUGUGGACAGCGAGUACUACAAUUCUUUGAAGUGGAUCUUAGAGAAUGACCCCACGGAACUUGACCUCAUGUUCUGCAUAGACGAAGAGAACUUUGGGCAGACAUACCAAGUGGAUCUGAAGCCCAAUGGGUCAGAAAUAAUGGUAACCAAUGAGAACAAACGAGAAUAUAUUGACUUAGUCAUCCAGUGGAGAUUUGUGAACAGGGUCCAGAAGCAAAUGAAUGCCUUCUUGGAGGGAUUUACAGAACUCCUUCCAAUCGACUUGAUUAAGAUUUUUGAUGAAAAUGAGCUGGAGUUGCUGAUGUGCGGCCUUGGUGACGUGGACGUGAACGAUUGGAGACAGCACUCUAUUUACAAGAACGGCUACUGCCCCAAUCACCCUGUCAUCCAGUGGUUCUGGAAGGCCGUGCUACUGAUGGAUGCUGAGAAGCGGAUCCGGUUACUACAGUUUGUCACAGGCACCUCCAGAGUACCCAUGAAUGGAUUUGCCGAACUUUAUGGUUCCAAUGGUCCUCAGCUGUUUACAAUAGAGCAAUGGGGUAGUCCUGAAAAACUGCCCAGAGCUCAUACAUGCUUUAAUCGCCUUGAUUUACCUCCAUAUGAAACCUUUGAAGAUUUACGGGAGAAACUUCUCAUGGCUGUGGAGAAUGCUCAAGGCUUUGAAGGUGUGGAUUAAGGAAGGCCUCCAGCGUCUGGGGACACUGCCCUUCCAGCAAGUUCCGAGUGCACUUUUGCAUUUGCCUAGCAGACUUUUGCAGAGCCGGUGGCAGAAGCAGUCGCCUGGCUUGGCUCUGGAGCCCAGCUUGUCCGAGCCCUGCCCAAGUUCCGCCAGGGAACCCAGCCCCAGCUCAAGUGCCGCCCCCCUCACCGCCGAUUCUCAACUGGUUGACGUGUACACUGAUUACAUUUCAGGAGGACGUAUUCUAUUUAUGUUGUGCCUCUGCAGGCAAAGCCCUUAAUAAAUAUUUUGCAUACUUUCUAAUGACAAUGAAUGGAAUUAAUCACACUACAGGUAUAGUAUUACCACUCAUGUUUACUUUUUAAAAUGAUUUAGACUGAUUUUCAGAUUUUAUUUCAUUACAAUUAAAGAUGUCUCAUGUACUUGGAAAA